UGGUGGGUGAGCCGCACGCGUCGCACAAGAUCGCAUACGACGAAAUCGUAAGGUCGUUCCGUCUCCCUCGGAGUCGUUAACGCACACGUCGCACGCUCUCUUGAUCCCCGGCGAGAAUAAGAGAGAGAGGCGAGAAGUGGCGCGGGUUUUCCGUUCGCGCGCACUCGCGGAGAAUUCGCGGAAAAUUCACGGAAAAUAGCCCUCUCUCUCGGAGCGGGAGCAAGCGGGCGAUCUCGACGAGGACGUAGGACGUAGAUCGGCGAGAGGAAGAUGAAGGGGGUGCUGGCGCUCGCCGCGUUCUUCGGCGUCCUGUCCAUCUGCCGGGUACAGGCGGUGUCGGAGAGGCUCGAAUUGGCACCAGCUGGCGGAAGAUCAGAGCCGCAGGUCGCUACCUUGUGCGAAUCGAGUGAAGUGUACCUCGCUCAGCACAUGGGAGAGCAGGGUCGAUGGGUCUCCUCGACCGACAAAAAGAGCUGCAUGACGGACAAGCUCGAGAUCCUGGAGUAUUGCAAGAAGGCUUACCCAAAGAGAGACAUCACCAACAUUGUGGAAUCGUCGCACUACGUCAGAGUCAACGGAUGGUGCAAACCGGGUAGGACCAAAUGCAAGCUCUCCCGCUGGGUCAAGCCUUACAGAUGUCUGGAGGGACCCUUCCAGAGUGACGCACUUCUCGUGCCGGAGGGCUGCCUCUUUGAUCAUCUUCAUAAUCAAACAAAAUGCUGGGAAUCUCACAGAUGGAACGCCACGGCGGCGGAGACCUGCCGGGAACGAAACAUGAACCUGCGUAGCUUCGCGAUGUUGCUGCCGUGCGGCAUAUCCCUGUUCUCCGGUGUCGAGUUUGUAUGCUGCCCGAAACACCUGAAAGAGACCGUGAAAGCGAAGAAACCGAUCGAUCUGCCCAUCCCGAAGAGCGUGGACGACGAUCUUGACGAUGACGAGGACGAUCUCGAAGAUGAGGACGACCUGGACGGCGAUGCCGAGGAUGAGGACAACUCCGACGGUGAUCUCGAUGACCCACUCGGCGAACAACCUGACGAAGAUGAGAGCGAAGAGGAGUACGACGAUCUCGAUGAUUACGACACGACUACCAGCCGGCCAUCGACAACGGUUUCCACGACUGAGAAAGCGAAGCAGGAAGCGACGGCGAUGCCGCUGCCGAUGAGUACGAGCACACAGCAACCUUCUCAACCGCAAGGCACUCCCGAUCCUUACCUGACGCACUUUGAUCCGCGAUCCGAGCAUCAGAGUUACAAGCAGGCUCAAAUGCGGCUCGAGGAGGUGCAUAAGGAGAAAGUGACGAAAGUGAUGAAGGAUUGGAGUGACCUCGAGGAGAGAUAUCAGGACAUCAGGGCACACGACCCCGUCGCCGCGGACGCCUUCAAACGAUGGAUGACCGCGCGAUUCCAAGAGACGGUCGCCGCGCUCGAGGAGAGCGGUGCGGCGGAGAAGCAUCAGUUAAGUGCGAUGCAUCAGCAGAGAGUGCAGGAGGCCGUUAAGCAGAGAAACGAGGAAGCUAUGUCGUGUUACACCGCGUCCCUUAAUGAGACUCCGCCGAACAUGCACCGCAUUCAAAAAUGCCUGCAAAAGCUGCUCAGGGCCCUUCACAAAGACAGGCACCACACAAUCGCCCAUUACAAGCAUCUCCUCGACAGCAGCUUGGAGCAGGCGCAACGAGAGAAGCCGGCAACUCUGGAGCACCUGGCGGAAAUCGAUAGGAUUACCAAUCAGAGUCUCUUAAUGUUGGAACGAUAUCCAGAUCUAAGCGCAAAGAUUGGCCGUCUUAUGGACGAUUACGUUUUGGCCCUCAGGAGUAAAGAUGAAACUCCGGGAUUGCUGUUGGCGAUGACGCGCGAAGCCGAGGCAGCCAUUCUCGACAAGUAUCAGGCCGACGUCGCUAGCAAACAACAAGAAAAGGAACAUCAGAAACAGCUGGAGCGAGCGCGCAAGGAACAACGCAAGGCGGAGCGCGGUGAACUACGCACGGAGCAAGAGCAGCACGAGGAGAACAAUUCGGCAAUCGAUAUCAAGGAUAUUCCCCAGCAAUCGGAGCAACCCGCCGCGGUCGCCGCCAUGCAUAACGAGGGUGUGAUCAGAGCAGCUCACAGCAUGACUCACGAUGUGUCUCAUUCCGAACCAGGCUACUCAGUGAGGCGAGAGGUGUACCACAGAGAGAGUCGAUCCGUCUACUUCACGCUCGCGUUCGCUGGCAUAGCACUCAUGGCGGCUGCGGUUGUGGGCGUCGCGGUGUUCAAGAGACGCAGCGCGAGAAGCCCUCACAGCCAGGGCUUUAUCGAGGUCGAUCAGGCGGCCACACCCGAGGAGCGGCACGUCGCGAAUAUGCAGAUCAACGGUUACGAGAAUCCUACAUACAAAUACUUCGAAGUGAAGGAAUAAUUCGGUCGUCACCUCGAGAUUCGUAAUAAUUUUGAUUUUUGAAGCUGGUCGCAACCGCGUACUUCGUUCUCGCGUGUUUUCUUCAAGAAUCUCAUAUAGUAUUUUGUUAGAGUAAGAUAUAUAAAUAUAGUGCGUAUAUAUAUAUAUAUCUCUAACUCCCCUCCCGAGAUUCUUCCGAAGAUUCGGGUAUCCCCGGAAAUGCGCAAAUUCAGCGAAUUACGUAAUUUCGUGCAAUCGGCAGAUCGGUGUUGAACGUUGACGAGACGGCGCCGCAUACGUCACGUCCGUUUGCACACAUUUGGAGAAUGCGUCGCGGUGCAAAUCGAACUUUGCGAACGGUUGACAAUAUGUGUAAAAUAGACUUUGUGUAGCAGGGACGGAGAGCCGAAUGAGAACGAGACGGAUUCUACGGGAAGAAAGAAUAAAAAAAACCGUAGAAUUCGACGUACCUAUGUGCCAUACGCGAGCGCGAAUCUUUACGUGGCAUCUUCGGAAGUAUCUCACGCAUACACACAUUGUUUUUACAUUACGUUGUCAUACAUGUCGAUAUAAAAACGCAGGAAGGAGCGCGAGCAUGUUGUAAAAGUAGAAAAAAAAAACACGUCGUUUUUAGACUUACCUCGAUGUUCCUCCGCCUCUCUAUACAGUUGUGCACUCGAAUCGCGAAUCGCCCUGCGGAUCGACGCGAUCGAUGCUCGCAGCCGCGCUCGCUCCUCGAGGGACACACGCGUUCGGGCGACGAUAGAGAAACGCGUUUACGCGUACGGUAAACGUGUGUCGUUGUUGCGCUCUUUGCUGUAUUUUUAGGUUCUGAUAUUUUCGGAGAUAAUCAAUGGCAAUAAGACAUAACGCAGCUUAAGUACUACACGGAAAAAAAAUGCGAUAGCGAUCGUAGUAGCUUGUCACUGGGAGCAGCAUAUACAAUUACUUCGGAUUAAUCGCGUAAUCUCGUUAACGUUAUCCUAAAAUAAGCGAGCGCGAGCGAGCUACGCGAGCACUCUUAAAAUAUCAGAACACACAAUACCGUGUCAUCGUUGCACGUAUCUUACCUUCGUGAUGCAGCUGUUUUUUCUCUCCGUCUCCGUUCGAUUCCCACUGCCUGGUUUCUCUCGGUGACUUUUUUCAGUACUUAACGUCUACUCCUAGACGAUAAAGAAUCUCAAGACGUAACGAAAUUAAGGAUCAUUGACGUAUCUCGUGUUAAUGAUGAUGACGAUGAUAAUGAUAAUGAUAAUGAUGAUGAUGACGGCGAGGAAGCAAGAUGCUCUAUCAUUCCACACAAAAGUCCACUGUUUUGUCGGGGUACUAGGAACGUCAGUACGGAGAAUGUUCGGCAGCUUCGUUCGGUCUCAUCCGAGGCAUACGACGCAUCGCAGAGACCACGUCGAUACUGUCGAACAAGAGGAACAGUAUAGCGGGGAUCAUUUUUGAGUGGCAUUAGUACCUUCGACCGCGUUAAGAAAAAGAGAAAAAAACAAGUGGCAGCUGUUAAAGUAAGCAUUUCUCUUUCGUUCCCGCGUUUUGCGUUCUCGGGGGAAAAAAAGAAAGAAGCUCGAUCAUACAAUAACUAUCUUAGGAAUAUAAUUAUUAAUUAUAUACGACGACGACGACGAUGAUGAUAUAAUAUAUUACACGUUUAAUGCUUAUAUAUUUGUAUAUGGUCAAACGAAAAAGAAAAAAAGAAAGGUAGUAACCCGCACUUUAGCGCCAGGGUCGCGUGGGGAAGCACUUCUUCUUCUUCUUCUUCUUUGAUUUACCUCGGACACACGCUACACGCUUUCGUCGGACUUAUUUGUAAGAAGAACUCGUGGCGGUGCGACUGCCGCGACCGCGACGCGGUGCGUUCAGCGUCGGCGGUGUGGACUUUGCCACAGUCCACAGAGCCAUUACCGUCCCUUCGGCAAUCAAUGGUCAACGAUAAACGUUGAACCAUCACGAGAGUCUCUAGGCAGUUAAAAAACCAUCUGAAAGAUGACGGUGUUUCCCGACGUUUGAGAAAGAUUGGGAGGUUUCAGACGUUUCUUAGCUGUCUUUACAUCUGUCGUGACAAGAGCAUAAGCACCCCGUCAUCGUUGAAGCAUCUCGCGUCGCGCAUUCGGGGAUCGUUUACGGUCGACGUGUCGAUGUGGCGAGUAACGAAAGGGAGACGGAUCCGGCUCGUCUAUACGCGAUCGCUACGGUCAUUAUCGAGCGCUUAAAGUCCUGCUCCGUCUCUCACGUGAGACGUUCCGCACGAUGUUUCAUGCAUGAAUACACAUACAUUCCCGGCUGCUCGCUAAGGUGGUCCCUCUUCGAUUGCGCUCACGUUUUGCUACGAUUGUAUCGCGCGACACGCUAAUCGCUCGCGGUUUACGGGGGCGAUUAAAAACAAAUCCCUAGGUAUUAUUCACCUUAAGCGCACGUGAAACAGCUGCCUUCCCUAUCUAUCUCUAGCGCGAAUCUCACAUACACACACACACCGAUCGUUUGUCUUCACGCAAUUCCGGUGAGAGAAAGAAGAGAGUGUGCAUAAUCGACGAGAACAAGAACAACAAGAUGCAAGAGACACUGGCACACACACGUAAAUCAACACAUCGCUGAAUGUUAAAAAUAUUAUUUUAGAUAUAUUAUAAGAUAGCAAUUAUACCAGUGAAUGUACUAUGAUUAUAUGAAUAACAACAGAUAGC